UCUACCAAUCUGAGUCCCAAUCCAACACACGAAGCAGUUGAACAACUCGUUAACCAAGCAAGUCUCAAGUUCCCUCUUCUCCCCCUCAAAACUUUUCAUUUCACAUCUCACUGCCUUCGCUGUUCUAGGUGUUGGGCGUUGUUGUUUCCAACAAUGUCAGCAGCUAUCUCAAGCUCCCUUUUUUCUCUCGCUCCUGCUCAGUCACUCACCCAACCCAGAAACCUAAGAAUCCUUCACUCUCCCACCUCUCUUGCUCUUCCAAUUUCUCCUUCUCUUUGUCUCAAAUCCAAUCGCCACCCCAAUCUCUUCGCAUGUUGUUCUCUAAAUGUACAAGACAGCACAGCCCAAGACACACCCAUUGAAAAGCAAUACCCAGCAUUUCCUACGGUAAUGGAUAUUAAUCAGAUACUUGAAAUCUUGCCCCACAGGUUCCCUUUUCUUCUAGUGGAUAGAGUGAUUGAGUACAAUCCUGGGGUUUCAGCUGUUGCUAUUAAGAAUGUGACCAUAAAUGAUAACUUUUUCCCUGGCCACUUCCCAGAAAGGCCUAUUAUGCCUGGAGUUCUCAUGAUUGAGGCAAUGGCUCAGGUGGGAGGCAUUGUUAUGCUGCAACCUGAAGUUGGAGGAUCUCGUGACAAUUUCUUCUUUGCAGGAAUUGAUAAAGUGAGGUUUAGAAAGCCUGUAAUUGCAGGAGACACAUUGGUGAUGAGAAUGACUCUAGUUAAGUUUCAAAAACGGUUUGGAAUAGCAAAGAUGGAGGGUAAGGCAUAUGUCGGAGGUGACUUGGUCUGCGAGGGCGAAUUCUUGAUGGCAAGUGGGAGUGUUUAAUGAUGCAGAGUAUGUCCUAUUCUAGCUUGUUUGCGUUUUUCUAGUCUUCAAGCCCCUUAAUACCGUGAUGUUGAGUAUUUGCUUGUCAUUUUUCGUCUUUCCGUGUCAAUAAGAGAUUUGCUUAAAUUUUUGCUGAACCCAGUUGAUCUUGGUCAUCUGAUCUUGGCCUACUCUGGCUUUUUGGUUUCCAAAAUCCCGUCAGUUUUUUCCCCCAAAGAAAAUAUGUAUAUGAUUUAAGCUGUUGAUGAAAAGGCAGAAUCGAAAGGAAUGGCCAGAAAAAUACUA